AUGGCGGCUGAAACGGCGACACACGAAAAGAGCCCGCACUCUCACAAACGGCUGCACCAAGAUAUCAAGGAACGUAUAAACGACAGCUUCACCCGCUUUUGGGAGCAGUUCUGGGAGCGAUACCACACAGCCCAGCCCCCACAUUGUACUCCACGGAACAAGAAUGAGCAGAGCCGAGGGCAGAGGGAGGUGAGGGGAAAGUCCUUGGGCACAGCGACAGCGUCCCCACUUACCCCCAAGCCACAGAGUCCACCUGGGUUGAAGGUCAAACCGGGGAACACCCGACAGCAUCGACCACACAAACGGAGGCCCAGGCAGCGCAAACACAAGCAAACCACCAGACCCUCCGUUACCCCUAUGCGGGGAAGAAACUCGGACUAUGGCAAGUACCGAGUUAGAGGUCGAUGGAUGCAGGACCUCAUACCGACCUGGGGCAAGAAGGUCACCCUCAAUAGCACCCUCACACCAGCGGCUCCUAGAGGACCUCCAGCGGGUGCUGACAAUAUCCCAACAGAAGGCAUUGGCUGA